ACAUCACCAAAAUAUAUGUUGGAAAGGAAGCAAGAUGGACCACAAAAUAUAAGCGAGACCGUCAAAUUUAUGCAAAUGACGCCGGACGUGAAGGCAGCUGAGGACAGAGCGCACUCCAAAAUGGCGAACCGCGACAAGGAGCUGGAAGAGGAGAUUUACGACAAGGUCGUGGACCUGACAGAAUAUGCCAAACGGCAGCGAUGGUGGAACCGGCUCUUUGGGAAGAACUCGGGCCCUGUAGCAGAGAAAUACUCGGUGGCCACUCAGCUAGCCAUAGGAGGAGUGAGUGGAUGGUGUGCAGGUUAUCUCUUCCAGAAGGUUGGUAAAGUGGCUGCGACAUCUGUAGGAGGAGGUCUUCUUCUGUUGCAGAUCGCUAACAAUAGCGGCUACAUCCAGGUGGACUGGAAGAGAGUAGAGAAGGAUGUCAACAAGGCCAAGAAGCAGUUAAAGAAGGGCACCGAUAAAGCCGGCCCAGAGCUAAACACAUUUUUCGAGAAGUCCACAGAGUUUGUGAAGAAAAACAUUGUCGUCACGAGUGGUUUCAUCGGAGGAUUCCUGCUCGGCCUGGCAUCUUAGGCCCCGCCAAAUGAGAAGAGUCUGUAUUCCUCUGAUGUUGAGGAAGAACUGUAGGGAAACAUUAUAAAUCAUUGCUGGAGGGUUUUAAAGUGUUUUGGCAGCGAGCAGCCUGUUUCAGAUUAGUUUGUAGCUGUGUGUUUCUACAUAAGCUGCACAUCCUUUUGUCUACUUUAAUACUGCACAUGUGACGAGUACUGUCGAUGUAAUAUGGGACUUCCUGGAUAGACCAGAAUGACCCUCUUAAAAACAACUCCGCUCUCCAGGCCAAAUAAUACUGAUACAUAUCACGCUAAAUUAAUUUAAAAAACAGCGUAAAGGCCAUGAGAAUGUUUGUAUUUAUUUAUUUUUACCAAACUGUCAUUGUACCACAGAGAAAGAUGAUGCAUUGUUGUCGCUGCCUUGUUGUGCACAGUUGAGCCGAGCAUGGUGCAGCUAAGUGCGUUAGAUUUAAUUCACCUUCACGUGGCAGGUGGUGUCCGUGGGAUUCCUCCAGUGCCAGUGUUGUAUUUUUCAGUUCCAGGCGUCAGUAAUCAAUCAUCUUGAGGGUUAAAGUGCUGAUAGAUUUAAGAUUGUUAUGCCUCUCUGAGAGGUGCCACAUGUUGGAUGGGCUCUGUCAGCCUCCCCCGAGUCUCUUUUUUUAAAUGUGUUGUGUGCAGCCAUAAAUUGAUGUGUUAAGUACUUAAAGCUGUGGUUUGUCUUCAAUGUAAGUUUGAUGACUAAGUAAAAAUUACAACAUGAGUUAAA